GACCUGGAUCUAAACCACAGCGCCCGUAUCCCAGCUGUUUGCCGUUGAACCCAAGACCAUCGCUGAGCGGCCGAGCAAGAGGCUAUUUAUAUCCCUGAGAGUUUUGCAAUGUUAUUGAAUUGCUUCGACCUAAUUUCCACUUCCUUUCUAAAAUGAAAAUGAAGAGUAAGCAAGCAAGUACUGAAGGAGUUCCCCACAAGGAGACCCUUCAUCCAGGAAUGUGCUGGGGAGAAUCAGACUGCUCCUACUCGCCCGUCUCCUGACACCUCCACAGCGAGAAAAACGGAGGGACACUCGCUCCUUUCUUUGCAGUAGAGUCAGGGGCACUAAACCUGGUUUUCCAGGGAGACACCUUCUGAUGUCAGAGAUGACAGCCAGAUUCUCAACAGUGGAAAUACUGUGUAGUUGGAAGGUGGUGGGGCGUGGAGGGAACACCAAACAACCAGAACAGUUCACGCCAGUCCCUUUCCGUUCAGAGGCAGCCCUGGUUCCUAGGAGUUGAGGAAGUCGGAGGGGAUGGAUUUACGCAGACACUGGUGCUUACUGAGCCCUACCUGCGUGCCAGGUGCUAUGCUAGGUUAGUGGGCUACGGGUGUGCCUUCCUUGGAGGAGGAGCUAGUGAGGAAGAGAGAUGCAUAAAUACUUAACUGUCAUAGUAGUAUGUCUGAUAAUAGUAAUACCUGUAACGGAGUAGGACAGGAGCCCUCACAGAGGUCUGAACAGAAUGCGGUGAGGACACAGUGGCCCCAUCCUAUUUCAUUUUGCUAGGGAAAGGUGGGGACAGCUCAGAAUGGUAGAGAGGAAGUGAUACCUGAACUGGGCUUUGACGUUUGAGUAGGAGCUCUUUUGACAGUCCAGGGAAGGAAGAGGACAAGCAGAGGGACAGAAGAAAUGAAAGAAUGUGGCCUGCCUCACAGAAGCAACAGGCAGUCUGGGAAGAUCUGGCCAGAUGGAGAAGAACUGCUGGCACGGGAGGAAGUGUGACUCUUCUCUAGACAGUGGGAACCACUCCCUGUGGGACCGCUGAGCUCUUGCUCUGCAGGUCUCUUCCCUUCAGGGUGCUUUUGCUCCAGUGAACAGAAAAAGCAGCUAAAGCCAUCUAAAGGAGGUUGUUUUCGUCAGGAUCCAGGGGAAUUUCAGGCACCCCAAGUGCAGGAGUCGGAGCCGUGGAAUCUGGCGGCUGUGUUGUGUGUGUUUCUUGGAGAAGUAGGGCCCAUUGGGAACAAUGCCACCGCCAUCAGACAUUGUCAAAGUAGCCAUUGAGUGGCCAGGUGCUAAUGCUCAGCUCCUCGAAAUUGACCAGAAACGGCCUCUGGCAUCCAUCAUCAAGGAAGUUUGUGAUGGGUGGUCGUUGCCGAACCCAGAGUAUUACACCCUCCGUUACGCAGACGGCCCGCAGCUCUACAUCACCGAGCAGACGCGCAGUGACAUUAAGAAUGGGACCAUCUUACAGCUGGCUAUCUCCCCGUCCAGGGCUGCACGCCAGCUGAUGGAGAGGACCCAGUCGUCCAACAUGGAGACCCGGCUGGAUGCCAUGAAGGAGCUGGCCAAGCUCUCUGCUGAUGUGACCUUCGCCACUGAGUUCAUCAACAUGGAUGGCAUCAUUGUGCUGACACGGCUUGUGGAAAGUGGAACCAAGCUCUUGUCCCACUACAGUGAGAUGCUGGCAUUCACCUUGACUGCCUUCUUAGAGCUCAUGGACCACGGCAUUGUUUCCUGGGACAUGGUUUCAAUCACCUUCAUUAAGCAGAUUGCAGGGUACGUGAGCCAGCCCAUGGUGGACGUGUCCAUCCUUCAGAGGUCUCUGGCCAUCCUGGAGAGCAUGGUCUUGAACAGCCAGAGUCUGUACCAGAAGAUCGCAGAGGAAAUCACCGUGGGACAGCUCAUCUCUCACCUCCAGGUCUCCAACCAGGAGAUUCAGACCUACGCCAUUGCACUGAUUAACGCGCUUUUCCUGAAGGCUCCUGAGGACAAGCGACAGGAUAUGGCAAAUGCAUUUGCACAGAAGCACCUUCGGUCCAUAAUCCUGAACCAUGUGAUCCGAGGGAACCGCCCAAUCAAAACUGAGAUGGCCCAUCAGCUGUAUGUCCUGCAAGUCCUGACCUUUAACCUUCUGGAAGAAAGGAUGAUGACCAAGAUGGACCCCAAUGACCAGGCUCAAAGAGACAUUAUAUUUGAACUGAGAAGGAUCGCAUUUGAUGCAGAGUCUGACCCUAGCAAUGUCCCCGGGAGUGGGACUGAGAAGCGCAAAGCCAUGUAUACCAAGGACUACAAAAUGCUGGGCUUUACUAACCAUAUCAACCCAGCAAUGGACUUUACCCAGACUCCUCCUGGAAUGUUGGCCUUGGACAACAUGCUGUACUUGGCUAAAGUCCAUCAGGACACCUACAUCCGGAUCGUCUUGGAGAACAGCAGCCGGGAGGACAAACAUGAGUGCCCCUUCGGCCGCAGCGCCAUCGAGCUCACCAAAAUGCUCUGUGAAAUCCUGCAGGUUGGGGAACUGCCCAACGAGGGCCGCAACGACUACCACCCGAUGUUCUUUACCCACGACCGCGCGUUUGAGGAGCUCUUCGGGAUCUGCAUCCAGCUGCUGAACAAGACCUGGAAGGAGAUGAGGGCGACAGCCGAGGACUUCAACAAGGUCAUGCAGGUGGUCCGAGAGCAGAUCACUCGAGCUUUACCCUCCAAACCCAGCUCUUUGGAUCAGUUCAAGAGCAAACUGCGUGGCCUGAGCUACUCUGAGAUCCUGCGACUCCGCCAGUCCGAGCGGAUGAGUCAGGAUGACUUCCAGUCCCCGCCAAUUGUGGAGCUGAGGGAGAAGAUCCAGCCUGAGAUCCUGGAGCUGAUCAAGCAGCAACGCCUGAACCGGCUCUGUGAGGGCAGCAGCUUCCGGAAGAUUGGGAACCGCCGGAGGCAAGAACGUUUCUGGUACUGCCGCUUGGCACUGAACCACAAGGUCCUGCACUAUGGUGACUUGGAUGACAACCCUCAAGGGGAGGUGACAUUUGAAUCCCUGCAAGAGAAAAUUCCUGUUGCAGACAUUAAGGCCAUUGUCACUGGGAAGGAUUGCCCCCACAUGAAAGAGAAGAGCGCUCUGAAACAGAACAAGGAGGUGUUGGAGUUGGCGUUCUCCAUCCUGUAUGACCCUGAUGAGACCUUAAACUUCAUUGCACCUAACAAGUAUGAGUACUGCAUCUGGAUUGACGGCCUCAGUGCCCUUCUGGGGAAGGACAUGUCCAGCGAGCUGACCAAGAGUGACCUGGACACGCUCCUGAGCAUGGAGAUGAAGCUGCGGCUCCUGGACCUGGAGAACAUCCAGAUCCCCGAAGCCCCGCCGCCAGUGCCCGAGGAGCCCAGCAGCUACGACUUCGUCUAUCACUACGGCUGAGCCUGGAGCCGGACUCCACGGUACCCAGGAAGGGAUCUGGGGCCCAGGAGAAACACCCACAGACUGGUGCCUUGUCUUUUGCUUGUACAGAAUCUGUAGUGACCUCGGUGGCCAGUAAAUGCCAGCCAUUCCUCAGACUCACCUCAGACCACCCAGAGCUUCCUCUUGGUCCCCGCCCGCCCUAAGUCACGAAGGCAGGGUGCUCGGCGCUCCCCGUCACCGUGGAGCCUGGGAUCGGAGCGUGAGGAAUGAACAGCAGACCCCCUUGCCUUCGGGCCAGGGACUGCUUUGGGCUGGAGUUAACAAGAGUCACUCACCUUUUCUUCCUGAGCCUGCUCUCCGGUCAGCUGGAUCCCCGUAUGGACAAGAGCGAGCCCAGCAAAGGCUGCCCGCAGAGGACAGACGUUCCAGGCGUGUUGAGAGCCUCCGAGAGACUGCUUUCGGGUGACCCGUGCCUGUGUCUCAGAUCCAAGCGGAGGCCGUGGCCUUUGCUUGGUAGAUGCCUUGCCCUUGCUUUUGUCGCCUUCGUGAGGGCUCACUCUGGCCUCAUUCAGUGCCAACAAGCUGCUGCUACCAAGGCUCGGUUCUAACAUCUCUGGUCUCCGGAGCCACCAGAUCUCUCUCGCCCACACAGUUGUCUGGGCAGAUGGAAAGUUCUCCCUACCAGGCUCUCAGGCUCUCAUCCUGGCAAGUCAAAGACGUGCGAGCUAUGUCCUACCCUCUAGUCUCAGAGAACUCUGCGGGGAGAGCCCAGACAAGGCCUGGGCCGAGACUGGUGAAGCCACUGGAGUCCACUCCCUUCCCCCCUCCCCCCACAUUUUUAUCUUCUCCUUCCUUAGAGAAAUCUCCCACCUAACCUGAAUGGCAGCCCCCUCCUCUUUGCUUUCCUUUGGCCUCCCCGACCUCAGGAAGUUUGGCCUUCCCUUCCCCCCAUCCCAGUGCUGUGGUUUCUGCCACUGGGCGUGAUUUCAGGGAGCUAGCUGAGGCCACAGCUGUGCCAACGGGGCCUCCCUGGUGCUGCGGCCCUUGUACACCACGCGCCCAGCCUCUCUCCUUGGACGUGUGAACACAGUGGCAUUCAGUAUUGGUAGCCCAGCAUGGUAGGUACUGCCCGAUGAAGAGUGUACUAUAUAUUUUCUUUACUAGAGGCCAUACUUAUACAGACGUGUAUAUAUAUUUAUAUAAGAUCUACCUAUCCUAGAACGGAAGGUUUGAGGGGAAAGAAAAUUGGAGGCUCCCCCUAAAAAAACAAAAACAAAAACACCACUUCUAGUUGUGAGCCAAGAGAGUAACCCGAGAGCAGCCAGGAGCUUCCUGUCAGUAACCGUGUUUUCAAUAAAUAGUCUUUCACGUACAAACCGUGAUACCUAUUAA